AUGGUCCCCAAACGCAAGAAGUCUAGCAUGGCACUGUUACAGCAGGACCUUGCGCCAAGAGGGCUGCGAAACGCCCCCGAUAUCGACGCCGGCUAUGGGCCGCGUAGGUCGGGUCGAAACAGGCGCUCUACAGACAUGGGAUCGUUUCCCAUGUCACAGGAGAAGGAGAACAGCCUUGUUGCAGCCUCGCCGCAUGGCCGCCAUAGUGUCGAGACGGCUAUCAACAGACUGCAAGAGAUGGAAGACACGCUGCAGAAGGGCGUGAAGCGUCAGAAGAUCGCCGUGCAGUCGAGUAAGGUCAUGGAUGUCGGCACCAAUGCCGAAUCCCAAGCCUUCCUCCCUGAGGAGUUCAAGAAGAACAAGGAAGAUUUUGCGGCAGACUCACGGCAGCCAAGGAAGCCCAGGAUCCAGGGAAAGACGAAGAAGAAGGAAGAAGCAGAUAACUCGGCGCCCUCGGAAGAGGAAAAUGAGGUAGAGCAAGACGCCGACUGCUGCGAAAAGGAAGAUGCCUCCCCAGACGACAUCACUUCCUUGAAAGAGGAAGGCGGACGGCCACCUCCGGUGAACAGUGACUACUUGCCGCUGCCGUGGAAAGGGAGACUGGGCUACGCCUGUCUGAACACGUAUCUUCGCGUCUCUAAUCCCCCAGUUUUCAGCUCUAGGACUUGUAGGAUAGCCUCUAUCAUCGAGCACCGGCAUCCUCUGCAAGACCCGUCGCAACCUGAACACUCUACCAAGAACCGCCCCGACAAGGAGCAACCGCCUGAUCUUGUAAGAGGACAACAGUGGGUCGAGAGUCUCGGCCUUGCCAAUGCGCGAGACAUUGUCAAGAUGCUCCGGUGGAACGACAAGUAUGGCAUCAAAUUUAUGCGUCUCAGCUCCGAGAUGUUCCCGUUCGCGAGCCACGAGGAGUAUGGGUACAAGUUGGCACCCUUUGCUUCUGAUGUCCUCGCCGAAGCUGGCAAGGUGGCAGGCGAACUGGGGCACCGGCUGACAACGCAUCCCGGCCAGUUCACUCAGCUUGGGUCCCCGAGAAAAGAAGUCGUCAGGAAUGCAGUGCGCGACCUCGAAUACCACGACGAGCUGCUCUCGCUGCUGAGACUGCCAGAACAGCAGAACAAAGACGCCGUCAUGAUUCUUCACAUGGGCGGGACGUUCGGUGACAAGGAAGCCACCUUGCAGAGGUUCCGCGAAAAUUACGCCCCAUUAUCAGAAAGCGUGAAGGCCCGGUUGGUUCUUGAAAACGACGAUGUCUGCUGGUCGGUCCACGACCUGCUUCCGAUCUGCGAGGAAUUGAACAUCCCGAUGGUCCUGGAUUUCCACCAUCACAAUAUCUACUUCGACAAGGACAAGAUCCGAGAGGGGACGAAGGACAUCAUGGGGCUAUAUCCCCGCAUCAAGGCGACAUGGGAUAGGAAAGGUAUCACGCAGAAGAUGCACUACAGCGAACAAUGCUCCGAGGCUAUCACACCCCGUCAGCGACGGAAACAUCGGCCAAGAGUCAUGACUUUACCUCCGUGUGCCGAUACUAUGGACCUCAUGAUCGAAGCCAAGGACAAGGAGCAGGCGGUCUUUGAUCUCAUGCGAAACUUCCGCCUGCCUGGCUGGGACAGCUUCAACGAUGUCAUCCCGUAUGAGCGCGACGACGAGAACAAGCCUCCACCCAAGCCCAAGGCCACACCCAAGAAGAAGCGCAAGGGGAAGAAGGAAGCCGAAGAGGAUGACGAGGACGCUGAUAUGCCGGACGUGGUAGAAGUCAAGCCGCCCGCCGAAAUACCACCUGAAGAGGUGGGUAUGGGCGGCCCCAACCGGCGCGUCUACUGGCCCGUCGGCAUGGAGGAGUGGCUGCGGCCCAAGAAGAGAGAGGUCAAACCAAAGAAGCCGGCCAAGAAGGAUGAAGAGGAUGAGAGCUAG